CCUCCAGCCACCUCAUCGUCCACCACUCCAUCAUCACUCGCCACAUCACUGUAUCCAUCCCCGGACUGGACAUCUCUUCGGCCUGGACAGCGCGUCAAUUAUCAUCUCCGGCGCAGCGGACCUCGUGACAACUUAUACCAAAAUCACUGCCAUCUGAAGUGCUAAGAGGCCGCCACACGACCGCAAAGUACCGAGUCUCAACGUGAACAUGGCGAAUUCCGACACAACAAUGUCAAACGGGCCGAAUCCCUCGAAUGGUAACAGCACAGAUGUAGCUGCUACGAACGGGGCUUCCGAAAGCACAGUCGCGCCUGGGCUGAGUGCCGACGAAAUGGCACUUUACGAUCGACAGAUCCGUCUCUGGGGUGCUAAGGCUCAGGAGCAAAUCCGAAAAGCAAAGGUGCUGCUGGUAUCGCUACGCGCGGUGGGCACUGAAAUCGCAAAGAAUCUGACCCUGGCGGGCAUCCAAGAACUCACGAUCAUCGACAACGAGGAGGUGACGGAAGAUGACAUCUUUGGCGCACAGUUCUUCUUGCGUAAGGAGGAUGUCGGCAAGCCGCGUGCCGAAGCAGCUGCUCCUCGAAUCCAAGAACUCAAUCCUCGCGUUGCCGUCAAGUCAGGAGGAAACCUGCAGGACCUGCUGAUGAAAGCGACGACAGAUCCGACGUACUGGACUCAAUUCAACUGCGUGAUUGCUUGUGAUCACGACAUCAUGACCCUCUCCAGCAUUAACAUCGCAGCCCGGGUCGCUUUACGUCCCUUCUACGCAGCCGGUAUACACGGCUUCUACGGCUACAUCUUCGCCGACUUGAUCGCUCACGAGUUCGUUGUGGAGAGAGAAAAGCCGAAUCGUGAGACAGCCAUCGCGCCGGAGACCUUGACCCGGUCCGUUGUCAGCGUCACCACUCGCAAGGAGAACAACGGUAAGACGACGGAGAUCGUGAAGAAGGCGGAAAUGUACUGCCCUCUCCUUCUGGCCAAUACGGCGCCGUUACCAGUCGAGAUCACCAGCAAUCGGCGAAAGCUCAAGACCGUGCCUCCUCUGUUGCCCUGCUUGCGUGCAUUAUUCGACUUUCAGCGUGAAAGCAAUCGGCUACCGGACGUAAACAAGGAGGACAUUACGAGAUUCACGGAACUGGUGAAGCAGAAGACAGCAGAGUUGGCGCUGCCACUGGACACUCUGAACGGAGAGUUCUUGAAAAGCUUCAUCCAGAACAUUGGCGCGGAGAUCAAUCCAACUGCAGCAUUCGUUGGUGGACGCCUGAGCGAGGAUGUGAUCAACGUGCUUGGCAAUCGCGAGCAGCCUAUUCAGAACUUCGCUCUGUUCGAUGGCGAAUCUGUCGAGGGCCGCAUCCUGAGUCUAUUCAGCGCGCCGCCAGAACUUCAGCCGCCAGGACUGGCUGUAUACAACGCACCGCUAGGAAAUGAUGUGCCAUUGAGCAACGGAGCCCUUGGUACGACUCACUUCGGCGGUAAUGGCACAAUGGAUCUAAGUGGCUCGCAGCAGCAGAACGGACUCGAUUCUGCGCCACGUCUUCCUGACGCUGACCCCGCUACCGCAAACGUGCGCACUAUUGGCAAUGAUAAUGCUGAAUCUGGCCCUUCUGGCACUGCCCCUUCAUACUAAGACGCUAUAGCGCGCAUUUUCGGACUCCAAGGAGCGCUGUAGCACACAAAAAUGUUCCAGACUCAGGCGACAUCGGCAGAUGGCGUCCGAACGUAACAGAGGCAAACGAACGAGCAGAGCGACGUGUAUCACGCAUGUCCCGGAAGGAAAUGGGCUCAGUGGAUCCUAUUGCUCUCAGCAAACGGUAAUAUUUCACUUUUUCAGCCCAAUUAGUCCUUUUGCGCGGGCCAAGUCCCAGUUGCAGGGUCGCGCAAAAUAAAAACGGCCAAUCGUGCAGCCGAUACUAUCGGCGAAAAGUAGCUUGUGAUUACGAGAACCCAAAAGUAUGUAGGCAGUGGAAGUAAAGCUGGCUUGCCACUCAUUUUCUCUCUGUGACACUUUAACACAAAAGGGAUGCAUGCGAAAGAAACAGAGCAGAGGCCAAUCACACACACACAC